AUGGAUUUAUUGAUUUUUGAACGUAAGCGUGGAACUGUAAGAAAUUGUAAAAGACCUGUAUCUGUUCCGAUUGGUAAAUAUUACGGGAUAUUGAGAGGUGAACAAGUUAUAGUGUCAGAUUUGAAAGCAGCAGAUGAUUUAAAUGCAUUUGGAUGUUAUGGUGAAUUUUUGCAACGACGUGAGCCACGUGUAUCAAUGGAAUGUUUUGAAAGUAAUGCUCAUCAACAACACCAGCAAAAAAGGUGCAUUUAA